AUGGUUAAUUGUAUCGAUUCUCUUCGCCAUCUUUUCUUUUUAUAUAUUUUUCAAUUCAAUUUUCUUCUUCUUCUUCUUCUUCUUCUUCUUCUUCUUCUUCUUCUUCUUCAAUCGCCCCGACCUGCAUUCUUAUUUGUCCCAUUUUAUUACCUCUUUUUUUUUCUUCUUCUUCUUCUUCUUCUUCUUCUUCUUCUUCUUCUUCUUCUUCUUCUUCUUCUAAUAAAUAAAUCUCUUCUUCAGGACAUUUCUUACGUUCUUCUUCUUCUUCUUCUUCUUCUUCUUCUUCUUCUUCUUUCUUCGUCUUCUUCUUCUUCUUCUAAGGAAGUAAUUCUCUUCAAAGCCGUCUUCUUAGUCUUCGUAAAAUUUUUUCUUUUCCUAUGUAUAGUAUCAAUUGAUAUGAUUUUGGUUCUUAUUUUCUUCUUCUUCUUCUUCUUUGAAAAUCUUCUUCUUUUCUCCAAAAUUCUUCACAAUAGCCGUCUUCUUAGCCUUCGCCAUCUUUUUCAUUUCCUAUGUCAUUCACUUCACAGUGUUCUUCUUCUUCUUCUUCUUCUUUUAGUUUUUCUUCUUUUUUCCUGCGAAGUAAUUCUCUUCGCAGUCGUUUUCUUAGUCUUCUCCAUCUUUUUUCUUCUUUUCUUUUCCUAUUCUUUUCUCAGAUUUCUUCUUUUUUCUUUCAUUUUCCUUUUUCUUUUCCUCCUCCUUUUCGCCUUCUUCCCUCCUUCUCUUUUUUCUUCUUACCAUUUUUUCUACGAAGUAAUUCUCAUCGUAGCCGUCUUUUUGUGCCUCCUUUAUCUUUUCCUUCUUUUUCUUUUCCUUCUUUCCUGCCGCCUUCUUUGCCUUCUCCAUCUUUUUCUUCUUUUAUUUUCCUAUGCUAGUCUCUUCACACUUUUCUUCUUCUUCUUCUUUUUAUUGGACUUUUGCUCUCUCACAGACGCGCCGUCGCCUCUCUCUGUCUUUUUUACAAAUACUUUCAUGUGUUCUCAUAUUCAUCUAUCUAUCUAUCUAUCUAUCUAUCUAUCUAUCUAUCUAUCUAUCCAGUUAGUGUUCUCAUAUCUAUCUAUCUAUCUAUCUAUCUAUCUAUCUAUCUAUCUAUCUAUCUAUCAUUGUUCUCAUAUCUAUCUAUCUAUCUAUCUAUCUAUCUAUCUAUCUAUCUAUCUAUCAUAUCUACAUUCUGUCUACUCAAAUCUAUUCUAUCUAUCUAUCUAUCUAUCUAUCUAUCUAUUCUAUCUAUCUAUUGUUCAUAUCUAUCUAUCUAUCUAUCUAUCUAUCUAUCUAUCUCAUGUUCAUAUCUAUCUAUCUAUCUAUCUAUCUAUCUAUCUAUUUCAAAUGUUCAUAUCUAUCUAUCUAUCUAUCUAUCUCAAAUUGUUCAUAUCUAUCUAUCUAUCUAUCUAUCUAUCUCAAACUGUUCAUUCUAUCUAUCUAUCUAUCUAUCUAUCUUUUUUGAUUUCAAAUCUAUCUAUCUAUCUAUCUAUCUAUCUAUCUAUCUAUCUAUCUAUCUCAAACUGUUCAUAUCUAUCUAUCUAUCUAUCUAUCUAUCUAUCUAUCUAUCUAUCUAUCUAUCUCAAAAUAUUAUCAUCUAUCUAUCUAUCUAUCUAUCUAUCUAUCUAUCUCAAAUUGUUCAUAUCUAUCUAUCUAUCUAAACUGUCAUAUCUAUCUAUCUAUCUAUCAAACUGUUCAUAUCUUCAUAUCUAUAUAUCUAUCUAUCUAUCUAUCUAUCUCAAACUGUUCAUAUCUAUCUAUCUAUCUAUCUAUCUAUCUAUCUCAAACUAUUUCAUAUCUAUCUAUCUAUCUAUCAUAUCUAUCUAUCUAUCUAUCUCAAACAGUAUCUAUCUAUCUAUCUAUCUAUCUAUCUAUCAUAUCAUCUAUCUAUCUAUCUAUCUCAUUCAUAUCUAUCUAUCUAUCUAUCUAUCUAUCUAUCUAUCUAUCUAUCUAUCUAUCUAUCUCAAAAAUGUUCUCAAACUAUUCACAAGAUCUAUCUAUCUAUCUAUCUAUCUAUCUCAAACUUUUGAUCAUAUCUAUCUAUGUAUUUUUCCUAUCUAUUUAUUAUAUUCAUAUCUAUCUAUCUGUCUGUCCAGUCUCAUCCUAUCUAUCUAUCUAUCUAUCUAUCUAUCUAUCUAUCUAUCUAUCUAUCUAAAUGUUACAUCUAAAAUGUCUUUCUCUCUCUUUCUCUCUAAAUUAUAUAUAUAUUUAUUCUCCCCCAUAUAUCUCUCUAUCUUAUAUCUGCACAUCUAUAUUCAUCUAUCUAUCUAUCUAUCUAUCUAUCUAUCUAUCUAA